UACACUGAUGUACAUAUUUCACAUAUUGUUAGAAUACAUACGUACUUUGUUCGCCUUUGUGAAAGAACGACCUUGUUUUUAUGUUCAAACUAUCCGGCAGAUUCGAAUACUUCAUCUAUGUAUUAAAAUUUCUUUUUUUCUACAUAUGUACUUAUAUAUAAAUACUAAACUAAAAAAUUAUCAGUUAUAACAAUACACACACAUAUCACAAAGUAAGUGCAUCGUUUUCUUAUAAGUUUUAAGAAUGUUAUCAUUCAUAAAGUAGUAGUUAUAAAAAUGUUCAAGAUCGAUCUUUUAUCAUUAUAUAAUGGAAACAAGAUCUGUAUGAUUUUAAUGAUAACUGGUGUAUCAAACGACAGAUUUCAUUGAAAAUUGCAGUAAUACUGUUUCAAAAUUUGCCAGUCACAUCUCACAUUCAUGGACGAAGAAGAUCUCAAAUGGAUAAAUUUUGAGAUUAAUUUGAGAAACAAAUUAGCUUUACUUAUUUUAUGAAGAUUUUGACUUCUUCAACAGAUCUUUAUUUUAUGAAUUCUAGACAAGCUUCAUUUCAACAGUCCACCAUGUUUUCAAACUGGACUUAUUAUUUAUUAUUUCAAUUUGUAUUUUUGGCAUUGGUCGCUGUAUGUAAACAACCAGUGGCUCAAAAAUUCACAGUUCAACAUGACGUAUUAGGAAUGGGAAGAUCUUAUACGAUUACAGAUGACCUUGGUGGCUCUCACUAUACAAUCAAAAAUGAAUGGUUAAGUGUUGGAAAAAAAUUAUCAUUAUGGGAAAAUGGCAAAGAAGUAUUUGAAAUCAAACAUGAAUUAGGGCAUUUAUUCACCCAAUGGCGGAUCUACGAUGCAAGUGGAAAAGAAAUUGGUCUGCUAAAGCAUAAAGCACACCUUGGGGGUGAUAGAUACAAAGUAAAAUCAGAUUUUGGAAAAUACAAAAUCGAAGGUAAUUUUAUUGACCGUACAUUUACGGUGGGAAAAAAUGGCCACACCGUUGCUGAGAUACAUAAAGAUCUGGAUCUUGUUCAUGAUAAAUAUACGAUCAAAGUGUAUCCAGGCGAAAAUCCUGGCUUCAUUCUGCUUAUGUGUAUUGCUAUCGACAAUAUUCGACAUCAUAACAAAACGUAG